AUGGUGAAGAAACUGCUCGAAACCGUGCCAGACCGGCUAUACACCGCGGUGGCCGCCAUCGAGAAUUUCUGCGACACUCAUGCGUUCGUUCAGGUGCUCGGGCGGUUGAAAGCGUUCGAGGAGAGGAGACAACAACCAUUCCCACAGCAACCACAACAACCAUUCCCCCAGCAACCACAACAACCAUUCCCACAGCAACCACAACAACCUUUUCCUCAGCCCCAACAACCAUUCCCCUCGCAACCACAACAACCAUUUCCCCAACCCCAACAACCAAUUCCCUACCAACCACAACAACCAUUCAACCAGCAACCACAACAAAUAAUACCCCAGCAACCACAACAACCAUUCCCCCAGCAACCACAACAACCUUUUCCUCAGCCCCAACAACCAUUCCCCUGGCAACCACAACAACCAUUUCCCCAGCCUCAACAACCAUUUCCCCUGCAACCACAACAACCAUUCCCCUGGCAACCACAACAACCAUUUCCGCAGCCCCAACAACCAAUUGCGCACCAACCACAACAACCAUUCUCGUUCUCGCAGCAACCACAACAACCAUUCCCUCUGCAACCGCAACAACCAUUCCCCCAACAACCACAACAACCAUUUCCCCAACAACCACAACAAAUAAUUUUCCAGCAACCCCAACAAUCAUACCCUGUGCAACCUCAACAGCCAUUUCCUCAACCUCAACCAGUCCCCCAGCAGCGACCCCAACAAGCAUCCCCCCUACAACCGCAACAACCAUUUCCCCAGGGAUCAGAACAAAUAAUUCCCCAACAACCAUUUCCUCUGCAACCACAACCAUUCCCCCAACAACCACAACAACCAUUGCCCCAGCCCCAACAACCAUUCCGCCAACAAGCAGAACUAAUAAUUCCCCAGCAACCUCAACAACCAUUCCCUCUGCAGCCACACCAACCAUAUACACAACAAACCAUCUGGAGUAUGGUCUAGUCAUCAGGGGCCUAUGAAGCGACAAGUUGUAAUACUAAAUGGGUGGAUCAUCAUCCUUUAGUCAACGGAGUGUUUAAUGUAAUGAUGAUAAAUAAAGUGAUGUGCACCAUCAUGUGUAACCCCGGCCUAUACUAGUUCAAAUGAGAAUAAAAGACAAAGAAAGUUCUUGUCACAA